AUGAAACGGCCUUCCAUAAAGUGUGCAAGAAAGAGUGAUGGAGCUACAAAAGCCAAAGCCGCGGUGACUUAUUGCGCUUGCCCCGCAACCCCGGCUGAACUUCAACCCUAUAGAGCCCCAUCUGUGGUGGUCUAUUGGCUCUUUGAGGCGCACACGGAACGUUACCUACGCCGUACGCGCCGUACGCUCGGGUCUUCGUCUGAUCGGGCGGCGAGCUACCCUUACUCGCCGCCCACAGACCAGCGCUUACGGCGGCCGGAGAUCAUCUCUCGAUCCCCGACGCCCUCCAGGCCGAGGCUGCGUUACCAAUUUGCGCUUGACCCGCGUCUCCUGCUAUUCUGGUCCUCACAGAAAACCGGCGUGAAACAACCACAAUGUUCUGUUUUGCUCUCGUAUGUGAUACGGGUUUCCACCCAGUUUUUCGAGCCCAAUAUCACAGAAACUACUUUAAUUGUUAGCGAGAUAGUUGGACCAGUACGAAGUUCCGAUAUGCCACUACCGUUGCUAAGGACGUGUUGCGGUUGCAUUUCUGUGCGCACAGGCUGCUUCAUACUAUGUAUCAUGUCCACAAUGGCCUGUGCGGCUAACAUAACGGCCGGAGCAUGGAACCUGCCUCGACACAGAGAGAGGGAGCCAGAAGACAACCUCAUAUCUAUGAGUAUGGUGAUGUUUUCCACUCUGUCAGCCAUCAGCAACCUAAUAGCGCUGUUUGGCAUUUUAUUGAAACAUCCAUCCAAGUUGCAGUGGUCGCUAGUGUUCAACUCAGUAUUCAUAUUCUGCAUAUUCCUUGUGGCCAUCGUGACCUGUCUCUUCAGGCUGGAUGACUUCCUCAAGGUGCCAGGUCACAUCGUGUUGGUUGUGCUGCUACUGAUUGCUGGAGCCUUGUACUCCAUAUACUACCUGGUGAUGAUCAACAGCCUCUACAGGAUCAUGAAGAUGACAUAUGGAGGGAGUGCCAUUCCCAUAUGA